UUCUUUCCACAAAAUAUUGACUGUACCAGAGAAAUCCAGUGGAAGAAGAAAUGAGGACGGCAGCUGCCGAUCUCUCUUCUCUGCCGGAAGGAGUAAUCGCUUACAUCUUGUCGCUGACCACUCCAUUAGAUGUCUGUAGGGCCUCGACGGUUUCCCGGAUUUUCCAUUCGGCGGCGCAGUCCGACAUCGUGUGGAACAGAUUCCUGCCUCCCGAUUUGGACGUACUGAUUUCUCGAUGUAAAUCCGAUGACCUGGAUUUUGAUCCAAUUUCCAGUUCGUCGAAGAACAUUUUUUUCUCCCUUUGCGACAGCCCAAUGCUACUUGACGAUGGCGACAAGAGCCUUGCAUUGGAGAAAUGGACUGGUAGGAAGUGCAUAAUGCUUGGAGCAAGGAACAUCACGAUCGUUUGGAGUGAUACCCCUGAGUAUUGGACCUGGGAACAUCAUCCUGAUUCGAGGUUUGCAGAGGUGGCUGUACUCCUCCAGGUGUGGUGGCUUGAAAUCCGUGGAAGAAUGAGUUGCAGAAUACUGACUCGUAGAACAACUUAUGGUGUUUACUUGGUGUUCAAGAUGAAUGAAGAUGAAUACCGAGGGUUCAAUUUUGAUCCUGCUGAAGUCAGGGCGGGAAUUCUUGGCACGGAAAGCGAUCCGAAAACAGUUUGUUUGGACCCUGAUUUGGAGAACUCUCAUCUGCGGCUUGCACCAUGGUUGAUGGACCAUUCAUUGGAAAUGUCGUCAGGGUUAGAGCAGCCGAAGGAGAGACAGGAUGGGUGGUUUGAAAUCGAGUUGGGGGAGUUUGAAAGUGGCGAUGGAGAUGAUGAAGUUGAGAUGGAUCUUAUGGAGGUGAAGGGCGGCACACGCAAGACUGGGCUUGUCGUUGAGGGGAUUGAGAUUAGGCCUAAACCCACCUCUGUUCUUGCAUAGAUGCUUUGAUUGAUUAAAGCCAUGGUUUUGCUAUUGGCUUGCUUUUGUUUAUCCAGAGGUUUGAAAAAACCAGUUACUGUGUUUCAUUUA